AUGAGUAUAUAUGAAGACUAUGAGAAGAGGGCAGCUGUCUAUGAUAAACACAGGGUUGCUGCAGGGGUAGACACACUCAUUGGAAUCUUUCUCGGACAGACUAGGAAACCAUUGUCACAGCAAAUGCGUGACAAAUACGCAAAUUGCGGGACAGUUGACAUGCCUGACAUAGCUUAUGUUUAUGAGAAGAGGGCAGCUGUGUAUGAUAAACACAGGGUUGCUGCAGGGGUAGAUACACUCAUUGGAAUCUUACUCGGACAGACGAGGAAACCAUUGUCACAGCUCCAUGUGUUAGAUGCAGGUUGUGGCACUGGGAACUACAGUCUUGCCCUGUUGAAGGAAGGACUGGGGCAUGUAACACUCUUGGACGCAUCUGAGGGAAUGCUGCAUGUUGCCAAAAAGAAACUUCAAACGUUCAUAAAAGAUGACAAGGCAGUGGUCACCCAUGGUAUCAUGCCAGAUCUAGACUUCCCCGAUGAUACAUUUGAUGCUGUAAUGUUUAACCUUACACUUCAUCAUGUAGAGAACUCACCAAACCCCGAGGGAGAAUAUCCAAAGAUUUAUAAAACUUUACAGAGGGCAAAGCAGAUGUUGAAACAAGGAGGGGUGAUAAUAUUUUCAAGUAUUUCAGCAUGUCAAGUGAGGAACUCAUAUUCAUGGCUUAUGAAUGACGAAUAUCAAAAUAUUGCAGUUAAACUUUUGGGAAUUCCUCCUGAUACGUUCAAACAAUAUUUAAAGAAAAUCGGCAUGGAGAAGAUAGAGUUUGUGAUUCCUGCAUCAGCUACACUGUGGAACAAGGAAACACAUAGAGAUCUAGAUGGACCUUUCAAGCAGGAGGUUAGAGACUCUGUGUCUAUUUUUGCCCACAUUGCAAACUUAGGAAUAAUGGACAGAUAUUUGGACGACUAUCAAAAACUUCGAGAUUCUAUUGUCAGUAAUGAACAGUUUCUGGACAUUGAUGAAAAGAAGCGACAAGAUUAUGGCCAGAUAGUAUUUGUUCACGGAUGUAAACUCUAA